GGCGUCUACUGCGUGCUAUUUGUCACCUCUGUCGUGAUUCUCAUAAAACGCUAUCGGGUGUCCAACAGAGUAAUUUGGGUUGCAAACUGCCUGCUGUUCAUGACAUCAACAGCCCAUUUUGCGUUGAUGUUCAACCACUUCUAUAUUGCACUCGAAAAUGCUCCAUUCGCAGAGUUCGCAAACGAAACUCCUGCGUUGAUAGGAGCAAAUUUAAUGAUCUCUGUGGUUGACUUCAUUGGAGACUUGCUCUUGCUCUAUCGAUGCUGGCUUGUCUGGGAGAAGAAUUUCUAUGUGAUUGUUCUCCCUCUCCUCACUGCUCUUGGAGGCUUUGGAUGCAUCUUGCCCAUUCCAUCCCUCUUAUUGUCGAUCAACCCGACAUCACCAACUCCUCCAACUGAGAUCGUGCCCUUAACCAUUGCCGGAUAUGCUUUGCCUCUUUGCACAAACGUUAUGGUCACUGGACUCAUUGCUGGUCGCCUUUGGUACAUCUCUCGGAUUCCCGUCGUCGAUGAACAUGGAAAGCCAAAGAUCAUAAAAAUCGCUGUUGGUGGGCGCUCGAUGAUGCUAAUCAUCGAAAGUGGUGCGCUGUACUUGGUCACGCAGCUCAUCUUUGUCGUUCUCGUAGCUAUCCGAAAUCCGGCCGAGGCGGUAUUAAGUUUAGCGGGAACACAAAUAUAUGGCAUCGCGUCCACCCUGAUCAUAAUUCGUGUUGGGUUGGGCAUCUCAUCUGAGCAGACUUUGACGGCAAUGACAAGUACUCGUGUGGAAUUUCGGUCCCAGCCGCAAAGUGCCACAGGGAUGCGCUCGGUUGGGACAUGGAGAAACGAUCGCUCCUUUAAUUCGCCAUCAAUUGCACAAUUGGGUGAGGAACAGUGGUCGUCGGGUCAUCCUUGA